GGUCAGCUGACCGCUGGCCGAGAGGUUAAAGGUCAGGCUGGGAAGCCGGAAGCUGGAAGCUGAGGGAGAUGGAAAUGGAGAAGCGGAGUUUCCUCCUGCUGAUGGCGCUGGCUCUGCUGAGGGGUCUCUGCAGUGCCAACUCAGUGGAAAAGAAGAUUUACGUUAACUUGAACACGACAGUGGCCUGUGUGCGUCUCCUGAAUUCCACCCACCAGAUCGGCUGUCAGUCUUCUCUGCACGGAGACACCGGCAUCGUUCACCUGGUCAAACAGGAGUCCGACCUCGACUGGGUCCUCAAGGAGGGCCCUCACCCACCCUACGCAGUCGUCUUGGAGACAGAUAUGUUCAAAAGGUGAGCGUGC